GCAUGACAUAGCAUACACUUUAAUGCUCAUUUCUCGGACUUGGUUUACAAAAGCCUGGGUUAUUUUGCGGUUAACCCAAUUAACCGUUCAUUAGCCUUCUAUCGGGUACUUGUACCCCUAUCACUGGUUUGCGGGGGGAGUCAUCAGUAUCUUGGCACUCAGCACGCACUCAGCCCCAUACUAAGCCUCACUAACCGCCAUUGUUGGUCCUUCUUUCUUUCUCCUUCUUCCCUCUCUUUCCUGCAUUUCUUCCAGAAUUUCUUCUUCAACCCCCCCCACCUUCCCAUCAUCAACUUGAACUCCUCCCUAUCAACCGCUCCUCUACCCCACAACACAACGAUACACCUCCUCCGAACAAAAAUCCUAUACACUAGUUUAUCAAGAUGUCCGAAAUCAAGCUCCUCAGUUCCGAUCAGGCCACAAUCACCGUAGGUAUGUUUGUCGUCAGCCCCACUCCUGUUGUCCACAGCUUCCGAUAGCUUGUCAUACCCGGCUAGAGGCUUUACCUCAUCCUAGUGAUGCCGGAAAUACAAAUAUGCCAUGCUAACAAUCUUUAUUCGCUCUUUUCACAGAGAAAUCCGUCGCCGAGCGUUCGAUUUUGAUCAAGAAUAUGCUUGAGGAUGUUGGUGAAGUCACUGAGGCUAUACCGAUUCCUAACGUAAGCAAUACCUGCAACAAGCCCUGCUGCCGUCACUAUUAUACAAUUCUCCAUUAACGCAUCACUCUCAGGUCAACGAAAACGUUUUGAAGAAGGUUAUCGAGUGGUGCGAGCAUCACAAGGGCGACCCCCCUGCCCAAGCCGACGAUGAUUCCGAUAGCCGCAAGAAGUCUUCCGAUAUCGACGAAUGGGAUCAAAAGUUCAUGCAGGUUGACCAGGAGAUGUUGUUCGAAAUAAUUCUUGUAGGCCCCCUCUUUACCCUCAGCAAUGCCUAACAUCCUAUUACUCUAUUUUGGCACUAACGCACAUGGCUGUAUUCUUGCACUAGGCCGCGAAUUAUCUCGAUAUUAAGCCCCUUCUUGAUGUUGGUUGUAAGACAGUUGCCAAUAUGAUCAAGGGAAAAUCCCCCGAGGAGAUUCGUAAAACCUUUAACAUCCAGAAUGACUUUACACCCGAUGAAGAGGAACAAAUCAGACGCGAGAACGAAUGGGCUGAGGAGUCAGUACCUCGCUCUCAACCUUUGGAUAUCGACGAGGCUUGCUGA